UUCCCCGUAAAUGUAGUACAGUUUACAUUGUAGUACAUUAUAGUACUUCCCUAUUUGGCAUUUCUCCAAAAUUGUUGCAGUAUGGAUGGCUUCCGUAUUAUAAUAUUAAUAUACCUAUAUUUCAUAUGCUUCCUGGCUUGGGAAGUGCAGGGCGAUUGUCAAAUUUCGCAAUAUAUGGUAGAGCAAUCCAAUCGAAUCUUCACCUAUCGCGAUGCCAGCGGAUCUAUCCAACUGCAGCGCUUGGAAAAUGUUCCAUCUGGUGUCGCUCUAUUCAUGUACUGCAGUCCUACGGAUUUCGUUGAAACUUUGUGCCAGGACAAUGGACAGUUCUCUGUUCCGCUGCCCAUGAGGUGCUUUAGUCCAAUGCAGCCGGUGACCAAGCGGAUUCGAGAUGGAGAUGGUUCUGGAAACCUGUACGCCGUGGGAUAUACCAUAGAUGGCAAGGAUCUCGAGUUGUACCGCACCUGUUUUGAUCCCCAGCAAGGAAGGCUCUUGUUCUCGCAGAGCGAUGUCUACUACAAACGAUUUUUUCCCAAGCGGCCGUUUGUGGAGUUUGUGGCAGAUGAGAUGUUCAGUCCUCAGGAGGCUGCUGCCUAUAUGAAGUCCAACAUCUAUUUCGCGUUUACAUGCAUCUACGGUAAUGGCCAGUCGUACUUGAAAAGUGCCAACUCCUUGGUGAUUAAUCGAGGACAUAUGGUGGCUUCCGCGGACUUCCUGUUCACGGACCAGAUGGGCAGUACAUUCCGCUAUCUAAAUGUGGUGCCACAAUUCAAGUCAAUUAACGAUGGCAAUUGGGAGAAGAUUGAGAGAUGGGUGCGCAGUCAGAUCCCGCAGUCGACCUUUUUCCGGGUCAAGACGGGCGGAAUUGGCAUCUUGACAUUGCCAGAUACCAAGGGCUUCCUUCAGUCGGCUUUCCUCGCCGGCUCCAGGAUACCAGUUCCCGAGUGGACCUACAAAGUGGUACGGGGUGCCACUGGCGAUGGGCUGUACGUCUUCCUCACUUACAAUAAUACUUUUCGAUCGGAAAGGCCCCAGUGCCUGGAUAUUUGUUACCAAGUUAAUUGCCCCUUCGGACUCCCAAAUAAUCCCGCCGAUGGAUUCACCUUCUGUUGCGAUCCCAAGCAGUUCCCAUUUUAA